CGGGACGGGAGAGCCCGGCGCUCCUCUGUGCCCGCCGCUCCGCCUUCGGGAGCAGCCUGCUGCGGCCUCUGCGGCCUGCUGCGUUCGGGAUCGCCUGCACAGUUCAGGGGCUCCUCCUGCUUCUGAACUCGCUGCAGACUUUCGAGUGUUUACGUUUGUCUGCUUUGCUUUCCACCAGCGAUCCUCAGCCGCGUUCGAUCCUGUACCAGCUGCCCACUUGCACUGAUGAUGUCUCUUGCUGGAUUUUUCCAUGAGCUCGUGUGACUCACUGACCUCACAGAAAAACUAUUGAGUGUCUUCUGCUUGUUUGAAUGUGUUGGCUUCUUGAGUUAAAACAGUGCAUGAAGGGGUCUGAUGAAUGACAAACACAGGAAUGGGAAUAAAGAAAUGAGGAAUGGAGCCCUCCCGUUCCUGGUGACAGAGGAGAAAUAAUUGGAGAAGAAAGGCAAAACAAAGGUGAUUCUUGGAAAUGUAAUUGAUUUACUCCACUUAGCUAUUCUACAUUGUCGCGAGGAAUGCAAAUCAUGACAUUUGCCGCUAGAUGUCCCUGCAAGCCAAAAGAGUUUUGUUUCCUGAAAUGCAACUUCGCUUUUUGCAGUCUGGGGCAUUGUUUUGUCAGCUGCAAUUAUCUCCCUCUCUUCCUCCUUUUAUCUUUUUCAUGAAAUCUUCAUGCAUAUUAAUACAUGACCAGGUGUCUUGAUCUUCUGAGGUGUCAGUGGAAGGAGUGGCUGGUCUUGUAGAUUAGUUAUACAUCAAUCUUGUCUUCUCCAUACUCAUCGUGAACAGUCAUAAUAAAAUGGAUGGUUUGGGCAGCCUUCUUCCUCCUGUGGGUGAAAGUGGCGAUGCAGCUAAUUCACAAGAAAUACUGAAACUUUUGAUGGAUGAAAAAAUGCGAAGUGAACACCAUAAAGCAAAUUAUCAAACUCUAAGGGCAGAACAUCUGAGAUUACAAGAGGAUUAUACCAAAUCACAAGAUGAACUGAAACGGUCGUUAGUUGAAAAACAGACUGUACAUGACAAAUUUCAGCAGCUUCUUGCUGACUUUCAGGAGCAGUUGCUGGCUAAAACACAAGAGCUGGAACAAGUGAAGCUGCAGGUGCUAACUCCUCAAAAAUUAGAACUGUUAAAAUCAAAAAUUUAUGAGGAAUUGGAGUCUCCUAUGAGAGAGCGUUAUCAGAAGCUCGAAAAUGAAGUAGAAAAAUACAGAACACUAUAUAACAAACUUCGUUAUGACCAUACAUUCCUGAAAUCAGAAUUUGAGCAUCAAAAGGAAGAAUAUGCACAUAUUUUAGAAGAGAAGAAAAUAAAAUAUGAGGCUGAGAUUGCAAGACUGGAUAAAGAUAAGGAAGAACUCCAUAAUCAGCUGCUUAGCAUUGAUCCUACAAGGGAUAGUAAACGUGUGGAAGCACUUUCUAGAGAAAAGGCACAACUGUGUCAGAAAUUAAAAGCUUUAGAAGCAGAAGUAGAAGAACUAAGAGCAGAAAGACACAACAGUGUUGUGCAAGCAGAAAAUGUUCAAAGAGUACAAGCACGACAAUUAGCUGAGAUGCAGACCAUGAUGAGAUCUCUAGAGGCAGAAAAGAAGUCUGCCGAACUACAGGUUGGUCGGAUUGAGAAGGAACUGCAGACAAGUCAUGAGCAAAACAUUCUCUUAACUAGCAAACUUCACAAAUCUGAACGAGAAGUCAAUUCCUUAGCUGCUCAAGUAAAGGAACUUAAACAUUCACAUAAGUUGGAAGUAACAAAUGUCAGACUGGAGGCAGCAAGAGCAAAGAGUGAAGUAGAAAGAGAGAGAAACAAGAUUCAAAGUGAAAUGGAUGGAUUGCUGUCCGACAAGGAAAUUCUUACUGCAGCUGUUGAACGUCAUAAAGUGCUUUUAGUAGAAAAAGAUCGGGAGCUAAUUCGUAAAGUGCAAGCUGCCAAAGAGGAAGUUUUUGACAAUAUUGCAGCCUUACAAAAUGAAAAGUUAGAACUCGAGAACAGACUAGCUGAUCUAGAGAAGAUGAAAUUGGAACAAGAUUCUUGGAGACAAUCUGAAAAGGAUCAGUAUGAAGAGAAACUACGUGCUGUGCAGAUGGCAGAAGAAUCUAGCAAAAAGGAGCUUCAGCGUUUGCGAUUAAAAAUUCAACAGCAAGCUAUGCAGACAGAAGAGCUGGAAGAAAAGAAACGUGAAAAUGCUAAUCUGAAACAGCAAAUAGAUGAUAUCCAACUCCAGCUUGCCUCACUUUCUCAAUCAGAAAAUGAUUUGCUGGAAUCUAAUCAGAAAUUGAAGGAAAUAAUAGAGAGAUUGAAACAAGAAUGUCAACAUGCAAGGGCUCAGGCAGAGAAAGCUCAACUGGAAACAGAGAAGACUUCAGAAUACCAACGUAUGGAAUGGCUGCAGGAGAAGCAUAUGCUUACUCAGCACCUCACAGAGUAUGAAGAGAAAUACAAGCAAAUGAAGAACAAGCUAUGUCGAGCUGCUGUUGCUCAGAAAAAGAGAAAGACUCUCAAUGACAAUAAACAAAGGAGGAUGCGUGAGAAAAUAGAACUUUUGGAAGCCAAGAUGGAAGAACUAGAAAAAGAAAAUCAAGUGUUAAAUAGACAGAAUGUUUCCUCUGAAGAAUAUGCUCGCCUCCAGAAGAGGCUAAAGGACUUGCAGCGUCGGCAUAAUGAAUUCCGGAGUAUAAUUCUGAAUCCUGACAUUCCGUCACUCAAUCCAGUCAGUAUAGCACCAUCGUCUGCCUUGCCUCCUGGGCCUGCAGCGUCCUUCUCCUUUCUUCAGGAGGAGCAGCAUCAAAGAGAGCUUGCCCUGCUUGGCAAGCGGUUGGAAGAGCUAGAAACCAGACAAAGAAAACAGCUGGAAGAUCUUGGACCAUCUAGAGAGCGGGUAAUGGUGGGGAAUGAGGACUUGGCAAGAAAAAAGAUCACUGGAGAAGAUGAAGCACAAAGUGAGGACUCUAAAUAAAAUCUGCACACUCUUGAUGCUGUUAGCUUUCAAUAACUUAUCCUUUGUACAUGCUUUUCAUAUUUUGCCAAAAACAUGGUUGUAUGUGCCUAAAUAGCAUAAAAUAUAUUCUGCAUAGUUA